AUGGAUUUUUCAAAAUUUUUUGACGAUGAAUUUAAUGUUAAAGACUGGCUCAAUCAAGCAUUUCGUUUACAAAAAGAUUCGAAUCAAACUUUGGAUAACUAUGCUGGAACACUGAUUACAAAAUUACAAAUGUAUAUUCAGGAAAUGAAUAAUUCAAUCGAAGAAACAAGUCAGCAAGCAAUUCAACAUUUUCCGAGAGUUAUGCGAGAAGUUGAUUUAUUGAAGCAUGAUGCAACUUUAUUACAAGAACAGAUGAGAUCUGUUCGAGGCGAUAUUCAAAAAGAUACAGCUGAGGGCAUGAGAAAUUUGAUUGAACUAGACCUAGUUAAAAAUCGUAUACAAUCUGCAUCAAAAGCACUUCAUGAAGCAGACAAUUGGGUAACAUUAUCUGCACAAAUAGACGAUACAUUCGAAUCAAAAGAUACAGUACAAAUUGCCACAAAGUUGAUUGCGAUGCAACAAAGUUUGAAAAUUUUGACGGAUGUGCCUGAUUAUACCGAUCGUGUUCAAAAAUUAGAAAAAUUAAAAAAUCGUCUUGAAGCAUUAAUUAGUCCGACUGUUGUGGCAAGUUUCAAUAGUCAAGAUGUAGAAGUUGCACGAUCAUUUGCUCAAGUUUUUCAAUCGAUGGAACGAUCUGAACAACUUGAACAACUUUAUGUUAGUUGUGCAAAAAAUCGUAUUGAGACAAAAAUCGAUGAAAUUAUAGAAACAAAUGAUAGUGAUCAUGAAACAAUUUUAAUCUCAUUGUACGAUUAUUUUUCAACUGUUUGGCAAGAUGAGACUCGUUGGUGUAUGAAAAUUUUUUCUCAUCCAAUUCGAGUUGUCUUGGCACUUUUGUUAAACGGUUUAAAAUUAUUUCAUGAAAAAUACAAAUCACGUUUUGAUAAUGAUAUACGAGAAAAAGAUGCAAAUAAACAACUAGAAAUUUUGCUCUCAUGCAAACGCGUAAGUCAAGAGUAUUGA